AUGACCCGCGGCCUCCCUCCCAGCCUGCCCAGCGAGCUCCCCAAAAUGGGCUCCUUCCGCAGGCCCAGGCCUCGCUUCAUGAGCUCCCCGGUGCUCAGCGACCUGCCACGAUUCCAGGCCACCCGGCAGGCAAUGCAGCUGGGCUCCAACUCUGCCUGGAACAGUGUCCAGACUGCUGUAAUUAAUGUCUUCAAAGGAGGCGGCUUGCAAAGCAACGAGCUCUAUGCCCUGAACGAAAACAUCAGGAGGCUGCUCAAGAGUGAACUCGGAUCGUUCAUCACAGACUACUUCCAGAACCAGCUUCUUGCAAAAGGACUGUUCUUUGUGGAGGAGAAGAUUAAGCUGUGUGAAGGUGAAAAUCGCAUUGAGGUUCUGGCUGAAGUCUGGGAGCACUUCUUCACUGAGACCCUUCCUACCCUGCAGGCAAUAUUUUACCCAGUUCAGGGCCAGGAGCUGACCAUCCGCCAGAUCUCCCUGCUGGGGUUCCGAGACCUGGUGCUGCUGAAGGUGAAACUGGGUGACCUGCUGCCGUUGGCCCAGUCCAAGCUACCCCCGUCCAUUGUCCAGAUGCUGCUUAUCCUGCAGAGUGUUCACGAGCCCACAGGCCCAAGUGAGAGCUACCUGCAGCUGGAGGAGCUGGUGAAGCAAGUGGUCUCUCCGUUCCUCGGCCUCAGUGAGGACCGCGGCUUCUCAGGCCUCACGUACACACUGGGCAGGCGACAUUCCAGGGUCCGGCCCAAGAUGACUCUUCUGAACUAUGCUUCCCCGAUGACCAUGGUCAGCCGGCCCCUGAAUGAGAUGGCCCUGACCCCCCUGACUGAGCAAGAAGGGGAGGCCUACCUGGAGAAGUGUGGCAGCGUCCGGCGGCACACGGUGGCCAAUGCCCACUCAGACAUCCAGCUGCUGGCCAUGGCCACCAUGAUGCAUCCGGGCUUAGGAGAGGAGGCCGGCGAUGAGGACAAGUGUCUGCUCCUGCCCCCCAGCUUUCCCCCUCCCCACCGGCAGUGCUCCAGCGAGCCCACCAUCACUGACAGCCCCGAGGAACUGGAGGGGGUGGCAGCGGCCAGCCAGGAGGAUGAGGGGCUCAACUGUGCCUCCCUCAGCUGA